CAUUAUUAUUAUUAUUAUUAUUAUUAUUAUUAUUAUUAUUAUUAUUUCUCACAACCUCUGAGGAUGCCUGGCCUAGAUGUGGGCGAAACGUCAGGAGAGAAUGCUUCUGGGACAGGGCCAGGCAGCCCAGAAUACAUACAACAACCCCAUUAUUAUUAUUAUUAUUAUUAUUAUUAUUAUUAUUAUUAUUUCUCACAACCUCUGAGGAUGCCUGGCCUAGAUGUGGGCGAAACGUCAGGAGAGAAUGCUUCUGGGACAUGGCCAGGCAGCCCAGAAUACAUACAACAACCCCAUUAUUAUUAUUAUUAUUAUUAUUAUUAUUAUUAUUAUUAUUAUUAUUAUAUCUCACAACCUCUGAGGAUGCCUGCCCUAGAUGUGGGCGAAACGUCAGGAGAGAAUGCUUCUGGGACAUGGCCAGGCAGCCCAGAAUACAUACAACAACCCCAUUAUUAUUAUUAUUAUUAUUAUUAUUAUUAUUUCUCACAACCUCUGUCAAUGUUGACAACACAUUGACUCUGAGACUGUGGUCCCAGGGGGGGUCUGCUGUGUGGCUGCUCUUGCACGGAAAUAAAUCCAUGUUAUCAGUGUGGACGGAAGCGGGUGGCUCUCUUUCUUCUCCUUCCUUCCUUCGUUCCUUCCACGUUGUGAAGUCACACAGAGCCCGUCCGGCCCGACUGCCGGGGUUCCGUCCGCAGAGGAGCUCCACCCAGACAUGGCGUCCAGUGCAGGUCGGUGAGCCCAUCUGCCGGGAGGGAUCGAGGGGUGUCUCCCUUUGGGCCAGACUCUCAUAUCGGUCUCUCUCCCUCUCUCUGUUCUCGGUCUGUCGUGUCCACGAAGAAGAGGAGGAAACGGACGGAUACGGGGUGCCGAGGGCGCCGGAUCCCCCUCUUCCGCCCCAACCGGGGAAGACGUCUGCCGCUAUCUGCUGCCUUCAAGCCCUGACGGACCUCGGCCUGAGCCUGGAGCCCGCCUGCCCUUGCGGGGACGACGGACAGGAGGCGGAGGGGGAUCCGGACCCGGACCGGGAGCGCCGGCUGGAGGCGUGGGCGAGCGUGGCGCUGGUGCGUCUCUCCCGGCAGCACUUCCUCCCGGUGAUGCGCGAGCUGCAGCGCCACCUGCGGCCCUUCGUCCAGCCCGAGGAGUUCACCCUGCGCGCCCUGGGCAGCGUGGCCGCCUCCAACGCGCUGCUCUGCAUCCCCUUCAUGGGCAUCACGCUGACCACGCUGCAGACGGUCACUCGCGGGAUGGAGGGCGUCCGGAGGCGCCAGGCCCUCUGCCAAGCCCUGUCCCAGAUGUGCCGCGCCAUCCGUCUGUACCUGCGCAAGUGGGAUCGCGCCCCCGGCCCCCGCGUCCCCGCCCGGCGCUUCUCGGCCCUCCUCCUCCCGCUCUACGACUGCCUGGCCCGGUCAUGGAUGCCCCACGCAGACCCCCCGGUCCGUGUCUCCUCGCUGGAGGCCUUGCGCCCGGUGCUGAGCCUCCUCCUCCCGGGCCCCGAGACCCAGGCCCACGUCCACCAGGACCUCCUCCUCUUCGCCCACCAGUACCGGACCCCCCGACAGGACCCCUGCCUCGUCACUCAGGUGCUGGGCCAGGUGCUGGGGGCCUCCCUGGUCAACCGCAACCCCAUCCCCCCCGCGCUGGUGGAGCCCCUCGUCCGGACCCUCGCCCGGCAGAUCUGUCCCGGCCCCCCCCUGCACCGCCACCGGCAUGUCCGGCAGGGUCCGAGCGAGAAGAACUGCCGAGGGGUCUCCGGCCUCUUCCUGCUCCUGGCCCGCCUGUGCCCCGCGGACCUUCUCCGGUCCUUCCAGAGGGUCCUGGAAGGAGGCCCCACCGCCCUCCGCGUGGCCCUGCUCCGGACACUCGCCCGGAUCGUGGCCGCUCAGUGUCCCGAACUCUGGAGGCAUCGGGCCGCCUUUGUGAGGACGGUGAGGGUCCUCCUAUCCAACAGCGAGGCCAAGGUCCGCCUGGCCAUGCUCCAGGCCAUGGGUCAGCUCCUUCGCGCCGGCUAUUUGGAGACCAUCGAGGGCUGGCCCUUGAACUACGUCUCCCUGCAACUGGCCAUCUCCGCCCACCGGCUGACGCACGGGGCCCUGAGUCUGCCUGUGGGCGCCCUGGAAGAGAAGGCCGUUGAGCGGACCAGCGUGGAGGUCCUCCACGAGGCCGUGUCCUCUGCGGGCGGAGCCGGACGGGAGCUGUGGUCCCGGCUGCUGGGCUGCCUCCUCCGGCCCCAUUACGGCCGCCUGGCCGGACCCCUCUGCCGAGCCAUGGCCCUCCUGGCGGAGCGGCGGUGGCAGUGGGCGCCACGGAGGCUGACCCCGGCCCAGGAAGGAAACUCUCCCACUCCUCAGGAACUGAUGGCUCGUCUCCUGGGCCUGGCGGUCUCCCCCUGGGCGGGCUCCGGCCGAGGGGCCCCCGCCCUGCUCCUCCUCAGCCUCCUCCGGACCGAGAUGGACAGCGAGGCCGCGGCCUGGUGGGUGGACCUCCCGGCCCUGGCCCGGUUCCUGGAAGGUCACAGCCAGUACACCCUGCCGGCCUCGCUUUGGGAGGAGAAGCUCUUGGAGUUCCUGAAGGCGUCCCUGCGGCCCAGAGGAGGGCUGGCCCCUGCGUCCGGCUGGGUCUUGACCCUGGCCAAGGAGUUCGCCAGGCAGCGGUCACUCUGGCCGGACGAGGCCUCUGCUGCAGAACGGGCCUUCCUCUCCAAGGCCUCCGGGGUGGCCCUGGCCGCGGCCGGAGACCCCACGGCGGCCGCGCUGACCCUCCGCGACCUCCUCCUGCAGGCCGACCUCUCUGACCCAGGGCAACGGGAGGGCCUGCGCUGGUGCCUGUCCUUCUGCGCAGAGGGCCACCCGACCGCCGUGCUGGACGCCCUGGGACGCUUCGAGGCCGCCAUCGAGGAGGACGAGGAGGAGCCCCACUGCCCGCUCUUUGGCCAGGGCCUGCCAGAGCCGGAGCGGGCGGGCGUGACGGCGGCCCUGAUGGACUUGUACGGCUCCGUCCCCGCCGGGGCCCCGAGGGAGCGCCUGUGUGGGCCUCUGCUGGAGCGGGUCGUGGCUGGGAUCCUGCGCCAUUACGCCUCGGCGGGGGGGGCGGAGGUGAGGAGGGGGCCGCCCGGGGCGGGGUCCCCGUGGCCCCCCCUCCCUCACCCGCCCCCCUCCCUCCCUCCCUCCCCGCAGAGAGCCAAGGCAGACCCCCCGCUGGGCCUGAGCUUCAUCCGGGGCCUGUCCGGACUCGGCCGGGCCGCCCACCCCCACCCCGCGGGGGUCCCACACAAGCGCCGCCUCAUCGACUGCCUCCUGGUCCUCGUCCAGCCUGAAUCCAAGGGUGGCCGGAUGGUGUCUCCCGUCUGCAAAGAAGCCAUGGCCACCCUCCGGGAUUUGAGUCGCAGCCCAGAAGUCUUGAGCCACGAGGAGACCCUGGACCUGGCCGAGCAGAGCCUGAGCCGCUUUGUGGCGCUCCUGCCUUUGGAAGAGGAGACCCAGCAGCCUCUUUUCCAGGAAACUCUGUCGGCCUUCCUGGACCUGUUGGCGACCCUGAUGGGACAAGCGGAGGCUCCGGCGUGGCUCCCGCAGGUCUUCCAGCUCCUGGGGGGCUCCCUGGCCUCCGAGCGGGAAGAGGAGCGCCUCCUGGCCCUGCAGAUCGGCACCCGCCUGCUGAGGGCCCGGCGGAAGGAGGAGGGGCCCCUGCCGGAGGCUCAGUGGGGCCCCUUUGUCCUCUUUGUGGGGGCCUUGGCCCCACUGACCUUUGACACCCGGGGCCCGGUCCGGCGAGAGGCGGCCGGCUGCGUGGGGAUCCUGCUCAGCCUCCAAGGCCUCGUGGUUCCGCGGAAGCUCAACGGGGAGGAGUGGCGCAUGCGCAGCGUCCGCCGGGAUCUCUUCUGCGGAGACGCCGAGAAGGGAGAGGCCGCCUCACGCCAACUAGCCAAGGUGGUCAGCUGGGCCUUGCCCGCAGAGGAGGUCUUGCCCUUCCUGUGCUCCUUGGUCGGCCAGGUGGGGGCGGUCAGUCCGGACUGCGACCGGGGUGCCCUUCUGUGGUUCGAGGUGGCCGUCCAGCACUGGAGGAUGGAGCCGGGCGAUGAGCUCAGGCAGGUCAGAGACAGCGUCCAGACACUUUGGACGACCACUUCCACCGGCGCCUUCCGUCCAGAUGUCCCACCAGCGCUUUCCCGGCCCCCCUUGCAGGUCCGCUCCCUGGUGGGCGCCCUCUGCUCCCGGAUGGAGAUCUGUGAGGGGCCCGAUCCGCUGCGCUGCUUGACCGGCGGGCUCUGCGUCCUGGUGGAGCGCUUCCCCGGCCCCGCCUGCCUCUCCCUCCUGCAGUGGAAGGGCCUCCCCGGCAGAGCCUUCUUGACAUGCUCAGGGGACCCUUUCCUGGAUGGGCUUCUGUGUCGCUUCCUCCCUCCUCUAAACCAGCCCAGUGGGAUCUUCAGAGACCUCAGCCUGUCCUUCUGUAUUGAGCUCACGGAGCACCUGAUGGAGCACAGGCCGGAAGUGGUGACGCCGCUCCUGCAAGGUUGGCUGCGUGAAGCCAAGGAAGGAGGUCUCACACCACACGCCACGGCCUUUCAAGGAGUGGAGAACGUGGCGGAAGCAACGGCGAUGGCAGAGGUCAAGACCGACCCUGUGGUGCUGGAAUCCCUCCUGGCAGAGCUACCCCACUACCUGUCCUCUCCUUUGGAGGAGGUCCAAUUGGAAGCCUGCAAACUGGCUGGCAUCCUCCUGGAGAACAUGGACACGCUCUGCUCUGAGACCCUGGACCUGGAGCCUCUUUCACAAGUCUUGUAAAUAAAGAUUGAUUGCCGUUGGAUUUCCAACCGAACCCUCGUCUGCUGGAGUGUGUUUGUCCAGUGCUGUUUUUCCACACGGGGAGACAGUCUGGAGAAGGAUGGUGAAUUCUUGGAUUUCACUCUGCUACCCAUCUUCCCCUGACAGGGCUGUCAAGGUAAUGGUUAAAUGUAGUGAAAUGUUUAUUUAUUUAUUUACAGUAUUUAAAUCCUGCCCUUCUUUCUCUCAGGGUGGAUUACAAUGAACACAUAUAUGGCAAACAUUCAAUGCCAACAGACAAACAACAUAUAUAGACAGACACAGAGGCAUUUAACUUUUUUUUUUCCAGCUUCACGAUUCCGGCCUCAGGGGGAGCUGUUAAUAAUAAUAAUAAUAAUUUUAUUUUUGUACCCCGCCACCAUCUCCCCAGAGGGACUCGGGGCGGCUUACAGAUAUAAAACCAACAUACAAUAAUAUCAAAUACAAAAACACACACAUAAAUUUAAAAGGCAUUAAAAAUCACAAUCAUUAUAAAACACUUGAAAAACACAGCAAUAAAAACAUAAAAUGAGCUGGGCAAAGUGCACUGAGUGGAAGGAAGUUGAGGUGCUACAAGGUCAUGGGAAGAGCCUUAGACUGUUGCUUCACUGUCCACUAGUGGCUGUACUUCCUCAUUCCUUUCCUCGUGUUUCGCUGGCAUUUUUUAUGGUGUUGUAAAUUAGUUAAAUUAGCCUCCCGCAUAAAGCGUACCUACAUCUCCCUACUUGACAGAUGCAACUGUCUUUCGGGGCUGCAAAGGUCAACAGCAAGCCGGGGCUAUUAAUGGUCGGAGGCUUAACCCGACCCGGGCUUCGAACUCAUGACCUCUCGGUCAGUAGUGAUUUAUUGCAGCUGGUUACUAGCCAACUGCGCCAGAUUGUUGCAAUGUAAAUGUGGGAAUUUGCUCCGGUAAGCAUUCCAGUGCUGAAGUAGUUAACUGCAUAGAGCAAUGAUUUACUGCUAGAGAGGAAAGGAAUGAGUUUCCGCUUUGUGUCUAUGUAAAAGCAAGCAUGUCACUAAGAAUUGAAUGAUGGAAUUAUUCUUUUCUGACAAGAGCUCUUUCUAGUCACCAUUAAUCUCUGUACGAGCAAUAUGUGUCCGAGCAGCAGCAGCGGCUGUUAUCUAUGUAAAUAGCUGUAAAUAAAGAUUGCUUACUGCCGAGAUUGUAAACAAUCUGUUCGUGCUGACAAGCAGAUGCUGAGUUUGUCGGAUGGAGGGGGAAUAUUGAGAGGGAAGACUGUGAGUGUCUCAAUAUAUCUGCCUCACAUCCAUCAUCCACAUUUCAACAAGGGCCUCACCUCUUGGGUGCUGGGCACGGACUGCGGGGC